AUGACUGGAAUGGAAACAAAUGUGGGGAACAAAAUUUCUAACAUGGAAAAUAAUUUCUCAGCACUUUCCAAGCAGGGAAAAAGCAAAGUAGUGGAGGACGAUGAUGAUGACUUGGAGGAGCUUGCAGCGAAACAGCCGCCCCCUCCUAAGGAGGAUUCAAGCUCUUCUGCUGUUAAGGAGCCAGUUCCUACUCCUUCGUUCCCUAGACCGGAGUACAAGCCUGUAGCUCUGUUUCCACGGCGUUUGCUAAAGUCGAAGUUGGAUGAGAAGAUGGGCACGUUUAUGGAGAUAUUUUCAAAGUUACAAAUCAAUAUUCCAUUACUUGAUGCGCUGAGAGAUAUGCCGGGGUACGCUAAGUUCCUCAAGGAUGCAGUUGGAGAGAUUAGGCCUACAUCGAUUGCUUUGCAGAUGACGGAUCAUUCCCUUACUUAUCCAAAGGGAAUUGUGGAGGAUGUUCUAGUGCAGGUGGAGCAGUUCAUCUUUCCUGCGGACUUUGUGGUCUUGGACAUGCCGGAGGACAAAAAUACUCCAUUAAUUUUGGGGCGUCCGUUCCUAGCUACCGACCGUGCACUUAUUGAUUAA